AUGGCGCCCACGGCCCUCUCGCCCAUGCGGUGGCUCUGCGGCCUUCUGCUGCUCGUCAGCGCCGCCAACGCCCUCAAGUUCGACCUGCUCGCCCACCCCGGCGGCGAGAGCCUCAAGAAGGAGAGGUGCAUCCGCAACUUUGUGGGCAGCGACACGCUGGUGGUGGUGACGUCGACGAUUGACGGCUACAAGGGAGACGGCAUGGUGGUCAACAUUCAUGUCCGUGAUGCCAUUGGCAACGAAUACGGCCGAGCCAAGGACGUUGCGGGCGAGUCCAGAAUCGUCUUCACCUCCCACGCCGACGCCGCCUUUGACGUGUGCUUUGAGAACCUCUUCAGUGGCAGCACCAAACCCCGACAGAACCUCCGCGUCGUCGAGCUCGACAUCGACAUCGGCGCUGACGCUAAGGACUGGUCCGCCAUCCAGGCCACCGAGAAGCUCAAGCCCGUCGAGGCCGAGCUGCGCCGCAUUGAGGAGCUGACGGGCGAGGUCGUCCGCGAGAUGGAGUACCUCCGCUCCCGCGAGCAGAAGCUGCGCGACACAAACGAGAGCACCAACAACCGCGUCAAGUGGUUCGGCGUCGGCACCACCUGGCUGCUGGUCAUCCUGUGGGCUUGGCAGAUUAUGUACCUGAGGGCGUACUUCCGCUCAAAGCACUUGAUUUAA